GUCGACGCCAUGAUGACUCGAUGUAUCCAAGGUAUGCGCUCGACGCGUCACUGUCGCCGGCUACGAGGGCCUCUAGUGGAACACGUACUUAAGUGUGCGACUAAGUGGACCCACAUCAAUAUGACCGAAGCAGUAAACAUCCCAAUCCUUUGCAAUUUCGCGGUAGACAUAAACAAACAUUUUGGUACACGAUGGGUGUGGCUGCCGCAGAAGAUGACGUUCUGAAGUCAUGGGAGCGGCAAUACCAUUUGCCACACGAGGAGGAUGGGGCCCGCACGCUAAAGGAGAAGGUUCAUCUUUACAGGCCUCCGCGCAGUGACCUCCCAGGCAUCUUGGUUGCAUGCACAGUGAUUGGUUGCUGGGCUGGGCUGUUCAUCCACGCUCUCUGGUUCAUAAAAUUGCCAUGGACCGUUGGGCAUGGAGAGCGUGCGACCUCCUGGCUUCAUAUAGCUGCGGUUUUCAUAUCUCUGGAGUUUCUAUAUACUGGUCUAUUCAUUACGACGCAUGAUGCAAUGCACGGCACCAUAGCUCUGCGCAACCGUCGUCUCAAUGACUUCCUAGGACAGCUGGCCAUCAGCUUGUACGCCUGGUUUGACUACUCACUACUGCACCGCAAGCACUGGGAGCACCACAACCACACAGGCAUACCCCGCGUGGACCCCGACUUCCACACCGGCAACCCAAACCUGGCAGGCUGGUUCGCGAGGUUCAUGGUGUCGUACAUGACGCUGCCGCAGCUGCUGCGCAUCGCCGCCUGGUCCAACGUGCUGCUGCUGCUGCGGGCGCCCAUUGCCAACCAACUGGUGUUCAUGACGGCCGCACCGCUGCUGUCGGCGUUCAGGCUCUUCUACUAUGGUACCUACGUGCCGCACCACCCGCCCCCCGGCCACACCGGCCCCAUGCCCUGGCCCCUCUCCCGCUCCUCCGCCGCCUCCCGCCUGCGCUCCUUCCUCACCUGCUACCACUUCGACCUGCACUGGGAGCACCACCGCUGGCCCUACGCGCCCUGGUGGCAGCUGCCGGUGUGCAGGAGCAUUGCAAACAAGCGCCAGUAGCAGCUGCGUGGCAGCGGUAACAGGAGUAGCAGGGGCAGCAAUAGCAGCUGUGGCAGCGAUAGCAGGAGUAGCAGGGGCAGCAAUAUCAGCUGUGGCAGCGGUAACAGGAGUAGCAGCGGUAGACUGGGCCUUUGUGUGGUCCAUGCAAGACGCUGGCGCCGUUGGGGAUGGCAAAAUUGUUAAUGUGCUAGGAUGUGCUAGGAUGAGGAGGUGCGGAGGAGUAGCUGCUUGCCAUGGGGCUGCAUCGGGCUGCCCCGCCCUUCAUUAACUUCGUUACCUGCUAGCAAACAUGUUGUGUUAGUUUGGCAUGGCUUAUGUACGAUUACCGGGCAAGCUUGACAUGGUCGUUCAAGAAAUUAGAUGCAUGUUGGGAUUGCCCUGCGGCUGCCGUACACGGGCGGUGACAGCACUCAUCGAAAUGAGGCUAAUGUGGGGGCCUGGGUAACACGAGAAGGGAUGGGUCAUUGCUGACGCGAGAAGGAGUACAGUCGGGGGCGCACCACUCACGAGGAUUGAGGGCUGCGUGGGCAUGCAUGGGGGCGCGAGUGGCUGGGGCGGGUGGUGGCAUAUGGUAGGCGGCGCAGGAAGGAUGAAAACUGAAGCUGAUGAAUCACUGUACGGCGGUUGUCUACGGCAUUGGAAGGCAUUGUGCGGUACUUGUAAUGGAAUGAUGAUUGUCAGUUGCCAUGCGCUGUUGGAGCAGUCGACCGUCCUGUAAGAGGACUUUACCGGUAUGUAUGGGUGUGAGCGCCCUUUGCACUUCCCUUCCCAUACGCCUGUGCGCUCGUGUGUGGGGUAUUCAUGGGGGCUGGUGAAGGUGGGGAAAUCGCAGCAAUACGUGUGUCGUGUGGCACAGGAAGAAAUAUGAUGGCCGGUUGGAAAUCAGGGCAUUCGCAUCGAGAGGAACAUCAUUCUUGUUCAAGGCUGGAAGUGCACGGGUAAGGUGGGUCGCCAUAGAUGCAGUGCUGCGCGUCGGGUUGGGACGUUACCCCCGCCUACAGUAGUUGCCACUGAAUUGCCGUACAGACUGUAAGACUUAAUGACAAAAAAUUCGUUUGAGGCCUUCAAUCAGUGGCAGGCCGUAAUGGACUGCAAGGACGUCCGCGACCGCUUUGCGCACCCCGUGCAACGGUGCGAGAUUGAGAGCGUGCAGGACGCACUGUCCAAGAAGGUGGCGGUUCUGGAGCCCUGCAAGGACGCGGUGUCGGCGAUGAUAACCAUUGGUCGGCGCUUCGAGGUUUUCACGAGUGAGGGACGUAACGGUGUGUGACUUGGGCAAUGAUAGUGGGUAGUGUGUCGGUGCUGGCGCUUGCAGGAGGGAAGAGGGAGGACGAAGGGGUGACCAAGGUGUAUUCCCACAUUAAAGACUGACGUGCUGUUCCGCAAAGGUGUCGUUACCUUACUUUGUUCCGCCUCUUCAUGUACCGGUAUGCAGGUGGUGCGUCGGGCUCCACCUGAGGCCCUUUUCCCCAUGGUUGUCACUGUGUCUACAAUCUUUGUGGCUUCAUGUCGUGCACUUGCUGAGACUGGAGUUGAAACGCGAGCGUGCGACCAAGACCGGCCUCGGUGUUGACAAGGCGUAUGUGCAUAGCUGUUGAGCGUGGCUGCCAACCAUUCGGUAUCCACCAUUAGCAAGCAUGGCGUCCAUUGUCGCAUGCUUGGAGGCAGCCAUUGGCUCCUCCUGUGUGCGCCGCCUGGUGUCGGUGUGCGGCUGCCUGUCACGGCUGGCGCUGGGGCCCGCUGGCGAGGAGGCGGUGGUGGCGGCGGUGACGGUGCACGUGGAGAGGCUGCUGCAGCGGCUGACGCUCGGCAUGUUGGACAGUGGAGGUGCGUGAAUCGUGCCUGCUCGCACGGAAACGCGUGCUGGGAGGCGGUGCAGGCAUGAGGCCCUCGGCCGUCUAGAGUACAUGCACUUCAAGGUUAAUCCCUUUGGCAUGGAUCGUUCAUACCAUGGCGAAAACCGCCCAUCCCAUCAGCACUGGACACGUACGCACCAUUGGGCAGAUCAGUAGUACGGUGGGGGACCACGUGCAAACCCCUGGGUAUGUUUUGCAGCCCUCACAAACCGACAUUUUGCGGGUUUGGCCGCGUAACCGGGUUGGCGGGAGGCCUGCACGCCGUACCUCCACCCCUCGGCCAGUCCAAUGCGCACAUGCACGGCUGGCGGGUGCUGGUGGUCUGCUGUGCGUGCGUGGACGCCUGGCUAUCUAGGAGGCGGGUCCAGGAGCUAGAUCAGCGCAUGCAUGGGUGGUUGGGUAGGUGGUGCUUUACUUGCGCAUGUGCAGAUGGUUGGAUGGCCAGCGGGCGGGUCCUGCUGCCCUAUCUGCCUGCGCAUCCCGCGCACGGAGUCUGCGCAUGCAUGCAUGGGGCGGCUACGAUGCGGCGGGCCCCAUUCCAAAGCAAGUGUGCUACUGCUCAACACGGAUGAGCGUGGUGGGCGCUGGAGCCGGCCCCGAAAUGCGGCUCCGUACACUGUGGCGGGCGUCUACACGGGAAUCGUGCCUGCUCGCACGGAAACGCGUGCUGGGAGGCGCUGAAGGCAUAAGGCCCUCGGCCGUUAAAGGUACAUGUACUUCAAGUUUGAUCCCUUUGGCAUGGAUCGUUCAUACCUGUUGCAGGGGCAGCGCGGGUGGCAUGGAGGUGGCGUGUGGUGGCGGUGGAGAGUUUAGGGUUUAAGGUUUCAGAAGAGGCCGCAUCGCUGAUGACCAGGUACGCAGGCAGUACUUGCAUUGUCGGGCGCUGCUUCACUUGGCGCUCCCGCUGCGUGCGGGGAAGCCGAGGCGCCGUCGUGUUGUUCCCCACAGCGAUUGGAAUGCUCGCUGCUGUGGCUGCCUUUUGACUGUGUUAUUAUUCUUAACCCGAAUUCUCAACUCAAACACGCGUCCGGUUGGGGUCAACAAUCCACCCGCCAACAUGGGAGGGCCGGUGAUCACCGCAGACCUGGGGGUUGGUGUGACCCGCCCCGCAGAAAAAGACGUAACCCCUGCAUGGAAUGUACCAGGCGUUCUUGACAUUUGGUUCUGAUAAGGCAUCGCCAUCCCAGUAGUACACCUCAUUACAGUAGGGAAUAUCCAGGUGUUCAAAGAUUUCGGUUGGAAAUACACCUUGAAAAGGCUCGUAGCAAUUUCCAAUUCAGCAUACACAUCGAAGCCGGCCUGUGGCAUGUCAUGGAUUCUGGCUGGCGAAGAUCAUG